CGAAUCUUCAUUAUUUUGAUCAAUGCUUGCGAAUUCGCUGUACAGGCCAUUGGUUCGGCGGACGACGCCGUGGAUAUGCGACCGAUGCGCUCUGCGUCUCGAGUCGUCACGGCCUCGUCGCAGAUGGACGAGCACGCACAGUGCGAGUGAUGCGUCCCGACAGAACACGGGCAUCGUAGACAUCCUCGAGCGCAGAGGCUACCUCAACCAGAUAACCGGGACGCGAGAUGACCUCCAGCGAAUUCUCGACGGAAAGCGCAUCGGCGCCUACGUCGGCGUAGACCCAACAGCCUCGAGCAUGCACGUCGGACACCUGAUUCCCUUCAUGGCCCUUUUCUGGUUGUAUCUUCACGGCCACAAAGCCAUCACGCUCGUGGGAGGCGGUACGGCGAGUGUUGGAGACCCUACCGGCCGCGUCAAGGCACGACCACAUCUUUCCGCCGCCGCCAGACGGAGGAAUAUAGACGGCAUACAAGCGCAGCUGCAGAGGAUCUGGGGUAACGUGUCAAGAUUGGGGGCGAAGCACGGGCAACGCGUUGGAGAAGGCGAGGCACGAUUGCUGAACAACGAGGACUGGCUGGGGAAGACGAGUAUAUUGGACGUGCUGGGUACUGUGGGAGCGGGGCUGCGCUUGGGCGUCAUGCUGGGUCGAGACACAGUAAAGACCCGCAUGACCGCAGACGCCUCAACACAAGAGGGCAUGUCCUUCGCCGAGUUCUGCUAUCCCGUUCUCCAGGCGUGGGACUGGUACGUCAUGUUCCGUGAUCACGAUGUGCGCGUGCAGAUCGGUGGCAGCGACCAGUACGGCAACAUACUGAGCGGCGCCGACGGCAUCAAGUACGCGCUCAAAGUGCGGGAAGACGAAGGCGACAGCGGUGCCCUAGAUGCCCAUCCGCUAGGAUUCACGGUGCCACUGCUCACGACGCCGUCUGGCGAGAAGUUCGGCAAGAGCGCAGGAAACGCGGUCUGGCUUGACAAAGAACAGACUAGCGUAUUCGAUCUCUAUGGGUUCUUCGUCGGCUUGCCGGAUUCAGAAGUCGAGAAACUGCUGAACUUUUUCACUUUUCUGCCACAGGGUACGAUAAGUGACACGAUGGCUAAGCAUAACCUUGCCCCGGAGAAACGUAUUGCCCAGCACCUGCUUGCCAGAGAGUUCGUUGAACUCGUCCACGGACCUGAAGAUGCUGCUGCCGCACAAGACCAGCACCUAAGCCGCUCACGGGGAUACACGCCCGCCUCCAAAGCUGAUCUACAGGUGGCUUAUGCGGAAGUCACGGACAAACCUUUUGCCUUUGCGUUGCAUAUGGCAGGUCUGGCAGAGUCCAGAAGCAAGGCAUUGAAGCUCAUUGAGAGCGGCGGUGCUUAUGUUAUCGGUGGAAACGGUGAUGCUGUAAAGAUCAGGAAGGGAGACGUCGUCAGCGACGCACACUACUUCACAAAGGAGGACGAGAAAACCCCUUCGCGGCGCUUUCUUGUGUUGCGCGCUGGCAAGUGGAAAGUAAGGAGCCUGGAACUUGUUUGACGAAUAUCUCGCGGGAUGCAAGGCGGCAUUAUGUCGGUUCCUGAACAUUUCCAUGACAAUUUUCUGUGGCCUCUUCUCUUCUUCAUCACUAUGCCAAAAUUUUAAAACCCAGACCAAUUUUUACUUACC